UGUACUCUUCAUACUCACACUGUCUCUCUCAGCUGCAGGAUACAUCAACACCACGCAUCAGAAGAGCUGUCAAUGAUCCACACUCGGAUAUGUCGCUCUUAAUCCACUUUGUCACGUUUCUGGCCCUGUGGUGGCCCUGCUGCAGGGCUCAGUUCCCGGAGUUUACAGAUGUGUGCACGGAGGGCAGCUGUUAUCCCGCCACAGGUGACCUGCUGAUCGGCCGCGCGCACAAACUCACCGCCUCCUCCACCUGCGGACUCAAACAUCCCGAGAAAUUCUGCAUCGUCGGACAUCUGGAGGAGGAGAAGAAAUGUUUCACGUGCGACUCGAGCAGGAUGUUCGACGAGGACAGCAAUCAGGACAGCCACACCAUCGAGAACGUGGUCACCACCUUCGCUCACAACCGCCUCAAGACCUGGUGGCAGUCGGAGAACGGUGUGGAGAACGUCACCAUCCAGCUGGACCUCGAGGCCGAGUUUCACUUCACCCAUCUUAUCAUGACCUUCAAGACGUUUCGGCCGGCUGCCAUGAUAAUCGAGCGCUCGAUGGACUUCGGGAAGUCGUGGCAGGUUUAUCGUUACUUCGCCUACGACUGCGAGUCGUCUUUCCCCGGCGUGUCCCCCGGGCCGAUGGUCAAAGUGGACGAGAUCCUCUGCGACUCGCAUUACUCCGACAUCGAGCCGUCCACAGAGGGAGAGCUGAUAUUUCGGGUGUUGGACCCCGCCUUCAGGAUUGAUGACCCUUACAGUCUGAGGAUACAGAACAUGCUGAAGAUCACCAACCUGCGGGUGAAGUUCGUCAAGCUCCACACGCUGGGUGACAACCUGCUCGACUCCCGAGACGAGGUGACGGAGAAGUACUACUACUCCCUCUAUGACAUGGUCGUCCGCGGCAACUGCUUCUGCUACGGCCACGCCUCCGAGUGCGCACCGAUCGACGGAGCCCCGAAGGACGAGGGCAUGGUGCACGGCCGUUGUGUUUGUAAUCACAACACAGAGGGACUAAACUGCGAGCACUGCCAGGACUUCUACCAUGAUUUACCCUGGAGGCCUGCAGAGGGACGAAACACUCAUGCCUGCAAGAAGUGCGAGUGCAACCAUCACUCCACAUCGUGCCACUUCGACAUGGCCAUGUACAAGACGACCGGCAACGUGAGCGGAGGAGUGUGCGACGACUGUCGACACAACACGGUGGGCCGGCAGUGCGAGCAGUGCGCCCCCUUCUACUACCAGCACCCGAACAGAGACCUGCGGGAUCCCAGCGUCUGUGAGCUGUGUAACUGCGACCCCGUCGGGUCCCUGAAGGGCGGUCUGUGCGACUCGAGGACCGACGUUGCAGCCGGGCUGAUCUCAGGUCAGUGUCGGUGCAAAGCCAACGUGGAGGGCGAGCGCUGCAACCACUGCAGACAGGGGUACCACGGGCUGGGACAGGGGGCGCACGGCUGCCUGCCUUGUACCUGUAACCCGCUGGGAACUCUGCAGGGAGGAAACUCCUGUGACUCCAAAACGGGAAGUUGCUUCUGCAAACGUCUCGUUGACGGACAUAACUGCGAUCAGUGCACUCCUCAGCACUGGGGUCUCUCCAACGACAUGGACGGCUGCAGACCGUGUGACUGCGACCAGGGAGGAGCCGUCGACAAUAACUGUGACCCUCACACAGGACAGUGUGUGUGCAGGGAGCACAUGUUUGGUCGGCGCUGCAGUCAGGUCGAGUCCGGCUUUUACUUCAUCGCUCUGGAUCACUACACCUACGAGGCCGAGGACGCCGAGCACGGACCUGGUGUGACGGUGGUACCCAGGCCUUACCCUCUGGAUCGCAGUCCCACCUGGACCGGUAUGGGUUUUGUCAACGUGCCAGAAGGAGCUUACUUAGAGUUCCACAUCAACAACAUCCCAGAGUCCAUGGACUAUGACAUCCUCGUUCGCUAUGAGCCUCAGCUGCCGCAGCAGUGGGAGCAGGUGAACAUCCGAGUUCACCGUCCCGUCUUCAACCCUCCAAACUAUUCAGGUCACUGCAGCAACUCCAUCCAGAGCGAAGACGAGCAGCUCAUCUCUCUGCCGCCUGGAUCCAGACAUGUGCUGCUAGUGAGGUCGGUGUGUUUCGAGAAAGGACUGAACUACACGAUCAGUCUCACUCUGCCUCGCUACUCGUCUGUCAGCGACGUUCAGAGCCCGUACACACUCAUCGACUCUCUGGUGCUGAUUCCUCGGGUCAGGGAGAUGGACAUGUUCCACGGGAGCGACGGCGAGGGAGCGUGGGACACGUUCCAGCGUUACCGCUGUCUGGAGAGCAGCCAGAGCGUCGUCAAAGGCCCCAUGACCGAAAUCUGCAACGACUACAUCUUCAGCGUCUCCGCUCUGCUGCACAAAGGAGCCAUGGCAUGCCAGUGUGACCCUCAGGGCUCCCUCAGCGCCGUGUGCGACCCCAGCGGAGGUCAGUGCCAGUGUCGACCGAACGUCGUGGGCAGGAACUGUGACCACUGCGCUCCGGCUACGUUCCUGUUCAGCCCCGCCGGCUGCAGACCCUGUGGGUGCGACCUCGCGGCCUCCGUCAGCGCCUUCUGUCACGAGGCGACCGGUCAGUGUCAGUGCGCCCCGGGGGCCACGGGGCGUCAGUGCUCCCACUGCCUGCCGGGUUUCUGGGGUUACCCUCAGUGCAGGCCGUGUCAGUGCAACGGACACAGCGAGUUCUGCCACCCGCACACCGGAGCGUGUCAGGGCUGCAGGGACUUCACCACCGGACAACACUGUGAGAGGUACGGCCCGGGGAGGAGGUUGAG